AAUUUUUUUCCUAGUAAUCUAAUUGAUCGAUAAACAGGAUGUUAAAAAAUAUUCUUUUUAUUUUGAUGCAAACUUCGCAUUACAAAAUGAUGCAAAAAUAAACGUCAAAAUUGAAAAAAUAUUGGCGGUAUUUAGAAAACAAAUUGGCAUGAAUAAUGCUUCCUAAAACUAUAAAUAUGAUUAUUUACCAUUAUUUAUCUCUGAAAUCAGGUUUUGGCUUUGAAUUAUUAACAAAAUGAAUUUAGAAAUUCUUGGAUUUCUUUGGUUUUUGGCCGUUGCUUUGUCUGAUGCAAAUGUUUACUUUCAGCUUGCGAUGGUCGAUACGACUACCUAUCAACAGACAUUAUUAGGACUCAUGCUAUUCCCUGAUGGUAGUUACUACCUAGUACCAAAUUCUGCCUCUCAAGAUACAUUUUAUUAUGAUAAUCUGAACGGUUACUUAUAUUCUGAAAGUGGAUUAAUUUGUGAGUUAGGUGGGGAAGAUGGGGAUAUUACUUUCGUCCAGGACGGGGCUGUCCAAUUUGUGUUCACACAAGAAGAUGGUUAUGAUGUUUUGUCUUUUGAAGGACAAUACACAUUUUAUGUUAAUAGUAAUGAAAUAUCGCUUGGCGAUACUAGUGGUGAGGCAGUUCUUAUAGCUCAGGUUCAGCCAAACACUCCUCUGCCAAGCUCAUCUUCCUUAAGUUCAUCAUCGUCUUAUUCUGAAUCAUCGUCUUAUUCUGAAUCAUCGUCUUAUUCUGAAUCAUCGUCUUAUUCUGAAUCAUCGUCUUAUUCUGAAUCAUCGUCUUAUUCUGAAUCAUCGUCUUAUUCUGAAUCAUCAUCCUAUUCAGCAUCAUCUAGUGCUGAUUACUGUUUAUCAACUGAUCCUAUAUAUUACAUUCCGUCAUCUGUGUCAGGCUUUUACUUGCUCGCAUCUACUAAUAACGAGUAUACGUAUUUCGAAGCCACGGUUGUGAAAAGAGAUGUCCCUCAAAUAUAUGGAUUUAGUCUUGAUUUAUCAACAGGAGAUUUAUUAUUCGUAAAUGAUAUUACUUCUUCUCCUGGAGAUACUACCGGUAUUCUAUUAGACUUUCUUAACUCGGAUGAUACUUUGAAUACCGAUUUCGGAUAUAUUAAAGAUGAUUAUAAUCAAUUGAUAUUGACAUAUUCAGGAAGUGAUAUAUUCUAUCUUUGUAAUUCUGGUGCUACUAUAGAAAUUGACAAUUACGAAGGAUGUGCUGCAACAAAUCUUGUUUUGAUUGAUGGAACCUAUGGGUCCAAUACUUACACUGGACCAACCAAUUGUCCUCUGGCACUGUUGUAUUCGUCAACAUUCUCUUCAUCAUAUCAAGCUUCAUCAUCCGAUGUACCUACAUCAUCCUACUCAGAUUCUUCAUCUUAUUCGGCAUCAUCCUAUUCACAAUCCUCGAAUUCUCAAUAUUGUCAAUCGACUGAUCCUAUUUACUACCUCCCUUCGUCUAUAACUGGAUUUAAUUUAGAAGUGGCCGGCAAUCCAGUAAUUUUUGGAUACGUCGACUUGGCAAAUCCGGAUUUUCAAGUUAUUGCAUUCAGUCUUGACUUGUCUGUAGGGGAAUUGCUAUACGAUACUAACAUCACGACUUUGAAUGCUGCUGGUACUGCUGGAAGUAAUUUAGACUUUGCUUCACAAGAUGAUACACAGAAUACUGGAUAUAGUUACUAUAGAGACAAUCUGGGUAAGUUAGUGUUAGCAAAAGGAACUCAAGUGUUUCUCGCCUGUAAUGGUGGGGACCGUGUAAGCUUUGAAUCUGAUUCGGGUUGCUCAGGCAUUUUAAUCUAUUUGGUUGGAGGAACUUACGGAGAAGAGAUAUAUACUGGGCCGGAAGUUGAAUGCCCACAGCCACUGCUGUAUCUGUCGUCAACAUACUCUUCAUCAUAUUCAGAUUCAUCAUAUUCAGAUUCUACAUCAUCUUUAGAUUCUUCAUCCGAUUCACCUACUUCAUCGCACUCAGCUUCAUCAUCAUCCUAUUCGGCAUCAUCCUAUUCGGCAUCAUCUUAUUCACCAUCAUCUUAUUCACCAUCAUCUUAUUCACCAUCAUCUUAUUCACCAUCAUCUUAUUCACCUUCUUCUAGUUCUCAAUAUUGUCAAUCAACUGAUACAAUCUACUAUGUUCCAUCCUCUAUAACUAACUUUUACUUGCAGGUUUCUGCAAAUGAUGAUUAUGCCUAUUAUGACAUUGUAUUAGCUAUGCCUUCUAAAGCAAAAAAGGACAAAAUAGAGAAAAGAGAUCUGAUUAUCAUCACAGUUUGUGCAUUUAGUCUUGACUUAUCAUCAGGGGAAUUGUUAUAUAAUUCUGAUAUUAAUUCCGCUCCUGGAGAUGUUGAAGGUUCACUUAAUUUCCUUGACUUACAAGAUGAACAGAAUACUGGAUUUGGUUAUAUCAGAGAUAAUUCAAAUCAAUUGCUAUUGACAUAUUCAGGAAGUAGUGUUUUCUAUGUCUGUGAAGAUGGUGCUAGCAUAGAAACACUGGAUAUUGGUGGCUGUUUACCCACAAAUCUUACUUUGAUUGAUGGUACUAAUGGGGAUAAUGUUUACAUUGGACCAACUGAUUGUCCCCUCCCUCUGGAAUCCUAUUCAGCAUCCUAUUCAGCAUCAUAUUCCGCAUCAUAUUCAGAAUCAUAUUCAGAAUCCUAUUCAGAAUCAUAUUCAGAAUCCUAUUCAGAAUCAUAUUCAGAAUCCUAUUCAGAAUCCAGCUCUGCUUACUCCUCUUCUUCCUCAAAUCAUGAAUCCAGCUCAGUCUAUUCAUCGAGCUUAAUUCCAAGUUCUUUAACAAGCUCUUCUGAAAGUGUGUCAUCUAUACCAUAUUCGUCAAUCAGUACACUUUAUAGUUCCAGUUCAUAUCCUGAAUCUUUGGAUUUAUCAAGUUCUGUUUCAACUUCUGGUGUAGCAUAUUCAUCCUCAUCGUAUAGUACCUUAAGUGUCACUUCAGAAUCUGAGUCUUCCAGGUCUUCCAGUGCCUUUUUAUCAUCCUUUUACACUUCACCAACUUCAGAAUUUCUGUCAUCGUUUUAUUACUAUGCCAAUUCUACAAGUUCAUCAUACAGCACUCAUCCAACAACAUCAGUUGUAUCCUCAGAAUUAUCGUCUCUGUCAUCUACAACAGAUACCAAUAUUUCUUCGUCUUUAACACAAGCAAAUGUUUCUUCACUUUUAUCACAAACUUCUUCUUCAAAUGAAUCAUCCGAAAACUUUUCAACUGUUGCUUCUCUGUCUACUGGUCUGACAUUCGCUAGCGGUGCCUCCAAUGGCGUGAGCUCGUUUGUGCCCACUUCCCUGUCGCCAUAUUCUUCUGAAUCGGAAUCUCCAACUCAAACUACUUUCACUUUCCAGAUCACUGCUGUAGCUAAUCCUCCAAACACCUUCAGAGAAUUUCUCACGUUGGAUAACCACAAUAUUAUCUUAGAAGAUACAAACGGUCCAUUAUUUGAGUUGACACUCCCAGGUGGUUACAUCACUAUCGCCGGGUUAUACUUUGAAGCUGACGAAUCUAAUGGUAUCUACUUGAGUGAUUCGCCUUUCGGUGGAUGGCUGUUCGUCGGAGAUCCUAUCUUAUCGUUGGAAGGUUUCGGAACCGAGUUCUACAUCUGUCCCGAGCAAUCUGUUCCUUUGCAACUCUCUCUGAUUGCAUCUGACUGUGUUGUUGGUGAGUUACACAUUUUAGAGGCAGCACCACCAUCCACUAGUUCUACCACCAACUCACAGUCGCCCAGUUCGGGUACUACCAGCACCAGUUCGGGUACUACCAGCACCAGUUCGGGUACUACCAGCACCAGUUCAACUACCAGUAAUGCAUCCACUGGAAUAUCUCCCGAUACAACUUCUUCUUCCAGCUCUGGAUCAACUAUAACUACCACCUACACUUCCAAUGAAAUUGUUACUAUAACUCAAUGUCCAGCCACUGUCACAAACUGUCCUUUGAAUUCAAUCAAGACCAUUACAAUUCCUCAUACCAUCACUACUACUUACUGUCCUGAGUCAGGUGUUACUCAGCCUACUUUAACUUCUACUUAUACCUCCCACGUCACUGAAGUCGAGGGUACAGUGACUAAGGAAGUAGUGCGUACUUUCACCACCACUUACUGUCCUGAGUCGGGUCAACCACAACCUGUUGAGACGACAUCUACAUCAGUAGAAACUCAAGUUAGUGGUAAACAGACGGUUAUUGUUACACAUGUGAUCACCCAGACUAUUGGAAGCUUAAUUCCAACAUCUUAUACAUCGUAUGAAGCACUCGAAGUCACUGUCGGAAAAGCAGGUAUCAAUAAUGUUGCUACAAUAACUGUUCCUAAUGUUAUUACUACUGCUACAUUUGAAAGCUUAAAUACAACAGCUACUGGUUCUUUGAAUGAGGAGUACAACAGUGGAGCACAAAAUACAGUUAGCGAAUCACCCAUUUCUCUAUUACACAGCACAUUACUAACAGCUAACAGUGGUCACUCAGUACACCGUAAGUUCGGUUAUUUGGUGUUUGUUAUUCUUUUAGCGCUUUUUUAAAUGGAAGCUCAACUGUUAACUUCGGAGUAUUUACUCCUCUUUAGUUCACGUUGUAUUGGUUCCAAAUAACUAUUUGAACUUUUAUCAGUCAUAGUUUUAUUAUAUUAAUUUGUUAUGUUGCUGUUUCUAAGCAAUCUUUUGUAGAAUUUACUUAUGAAUAAAAACUAAAAUACUGUAAUAAAUAAAAAGUCCUACAAAGUUUCAAGUUCUAGGCGCACUUAUAAUAUAUGCAGAAAUUCUAUUUAAAACAUAAAUAGAUUUUGCAUUAUAGCCUUUGCGUUUAAAGCUUAAUACAGAAUUAAAAUAUUCGCAUGGCUUCCCCGCAAUUCUCUUUCAACCAAAAUGUAUCACUACGUAUAUCUACUAAUUUGCAAUACGAUACUCUCUAUACAAUACACUUAUACUCGAACUAUAGAUCGAACAUUUAA